UCGUGUUUUGUCAGCGCUUCUGAUAAUUGGGAACGUCGUUUUGGAUUGGCUUUAAUAUGCUGACAUCGAGGACCCAAUCAUUGAUAUCAAGGACAAACUUUCUUAUAUCAUUAACGCACCUGCUUCGUCUGGAGCAACGAGUACCAGUGGUCCAUUACCCCAAAACGCAUCAUACUGCACGGACGACUCGGUAAAAGAUGAACUGACUAAAAAGUUCAUGUACUUUACUAUUGCUGGCUCCGUUCUCUCCGCCUUUCAACUAGCCAAGAUAAUUUAUCAGAUAGUUUUAAAUCACAAGCGUGACCCAGCAGCGACAAUACCAGACAAAAUUGAUGGCAAAGUCGAGGUCUUCUUCACAACAUUGUUUGUGGAGAUUCCACAAAACUACCUACUCCUGAAGUACGAUAACAUCAUAUGUUUUAACUGUGAGAUAGAGUGGAAUGGAAAGAAAAUUAAGCGCUUUUUAAACGGCCUUAGCUCUGAAUUAGCCAGUGUUUGGCGCUAUAUCACCAGUAGCAAAUGUUGCGAUGGAAGUGGCGGAGUUGUCAAACGUAAAGUACAACGCAGCAAACGAAGUGAUUGCUGUUGCUGUAGUUGCUGUUCUGGUUGCUGUAGACUAUGUGGAGCACUUUGCACAAGAAUGUUUUGGUCCUGCGUGGAAGUUUGUUUUCCAUGUGUCAUUCUCUGCCAUGGGUAUGAGGGAUGUCACUAUUUGACAUGCAGCUGCUUAACGUAUAACAGCGGCUUUUUCUGGUGGAAUUGUUGUCCAUGUGCCUGCUGCUACUCCUGUUGUGAGGGUCCGAAGUGUAAAUCGUGUGACAAUUGCUGGAAAUGUUUCGACAGUUGUUGCAAAUGUUGCGAUAAUUGUUGCACAUGUUUCGAUAAUUGUUGCAAAUGUACCGACGUGUCGUGUAGUCAGUGUUUGAUUGAUUGUCUACUCAGCAUCAUUCGAUUUUUCGGUGGAAUAUUUACGACAUUAUAUACUGCUAUGUAUGUUUUACGUGUACUGGAGUAUUUCUGUGUGGUUCUCCCGACAGUGUUUGUUGAGGCAUUUGUUCACAUUAUGGAUACCGUGUUUGGUUGGAUUUUAAACUGACAUUAUUUUGGCGGUCUUCUUUUUUAAGACAAGGU